AGCUACGACGUCAUCACGUCGCGCCGAGUGACCGUCACAGCGGGGGUAACAUGGCGGCGCACAGUGUCGCUCCGUCUCUCGGCAGGCUGCUGUUCGCGGUAAAGUAUGGCUCCUUCCAGUCAAGAUGCUGUGCACUGCACAGCAAGUCACACUAUUCCACUGUCUACGAUCCCAAUGAAAAGACUUUUGAUAAGAUCCUCAUCGCCAACAGAGGAGAGAUAGCGUGCAGAGUGAUUAAGACAUGUAAGAAGAUGGGUAUCAAGACUGUAGCUGUGCACAGUGAUGUGGACUCCAGUUCGGUUCAUACAAAGAUGGCUGACGAGGCAGUGUGUGUUGGCCCCGCCCCCACCAAUAAGAGCUACCUCAACAUGGACGCCAUCAUGGAGGCCAUUAGAGUGACUGGAGCACAAGCUGUUCAUCCUGGCUAUGGGUUCCUUUCUGAAAACAAAGAGUUUGCAAAGCGACUGGCAGCAGAGGGCGUGAUAUUCAUUGGUCCAGAUACCCAUGCUAUCCAAGCUAUGGGCGAUAAGAUAGAGAGCAAGCUAAUAGCUAAGGCUGCUAAGGUCAAUACUAUCCCAGGGUUUGAUGGAGUUGUGAAGACUGCUGAGGACGCUGUGAAGAUUGCACAGGAAAUUGGUUACCCAGUGAUGAUCAAAGCAUCUGCCGGAGGAGGAGGGAAAGGAAUGAGGAUUGCAUGGAAUGAUGACGAGACACGGGAUGGCUUCCGGUUCUCAUCCCAGGAGGCAGCAUCAAGCUUUGGUGAUGACAGGCUGCUCAUUGAGAAGUACAUAGACAACCCCAGACAUAUAGAAAUACAGGUGCUGGCUGAUAAACACGGGAACGGUCUGUGGCUAAAUGAGAGGGAGUGCUCUAUCCAGAGGAGGAACCAGAAGGUGGUAGAAGAGGCUCCCAGCACUUUCCUGGACCCGGUCACACGACGGGCGAUGGGUGAGCAGGCGGUUCAGCUGGCCAAGGCUGUGCAGUACAGUUCUGCCGGCACCGUGGAGUUCCUGGUGGACUCUAAGAAGAACUUCUACUUCCUGGAGAUGAACACACGACUGCAGGUGGAACAUCCCAUCACAGAGUGCAUCACUGGACUGGACCUGGUGGAGCAGAUGAUCAGGGUCGCCAAGGGUUACCAGCUGCAGCACAAACAGGAAGACAUUCCAAUAAAUGGCUGGGCUGUUGAGAGUCGUGUGUAUGCAGAGGAUCCUUACAAGUCAUUUGGUCUUCCCUCCAUCGGACGCUUGUCUCAAUACCAAGAGCCGCUCAACAUCAGCAAUGUGCGUGUUGACAGUGGCAUCCAGGAGGGCAGUGACAUCAGCAUCUACUAUGAUCCCAUGAUCUCUAAGUUGGUGACCUAUGGAGCUACACGAGCUGAAGCCCUUUCCAAGAUGAAAGACGCUCUGGACAACUACGUUAUCCGAGGUGUGACACACAACAUUCCCCUCCUGCGAGAAAUCAUCACACACCCUCGCUUCAUCUCUGGUGAUAUCACCACUAACUUCCUGCCUGAGGUUUAUCCAGACGGCUUCAAGGGUCAUCAGCUGCAGGUGGACAGGCGCAGGGAGCUGCUGGCUUCAGCAGCCGCCCUCUACAUCGCUGCUCAGCUCCGCUCACAGACGUUCCUGGGCCACCUGAGGGUGACCUCCACCCCAGUGGAGUGUAGCCGCUGGGAGCUGUGUGUGGAGCUGGGGGAGGAACGCUAUUCCAUGGAUGUUACCAAAGCAGGAAACGUUUAUACUGUCAAUGCUGAUGGAGGGACAGUGGAAGUCAGUGGACAGUGGAACCUGUCCUCCCCACUGCUGCCACUCACCAUCAAUGGCUCACACAGAAUGCUACAGUGUCUGUCUCGAGACGCCACAGGAAGGAUUGUCCUGCAGUACCUGGGCACAUCGUUUCAGCUGCGUGUUCUGUCCAAGUUGACGGCAGAGUUGGACUCGUACAUGCCAGAGAAAGUUCCAGAGGACUCCAGCAGCAUCCUGCGUUCACCCAUGCCAGGAACCAUAGUGGCUGUGUCCGUCAAACCCGGAGACACGGUUGCAGAAGGUCAGGAGAUCUGUGUGAUUGAAGCCAUGAAGAUGCAGAACAGUUUGACUGCAGUCAGACAAGCAAAGGUUAAGAGUGUCCACUGUAAACCAGGAGAGACGGUGGGAGAGGGAGACCUGCUGGUGGAGCUGGAAUAAAAGUCAACCUUUGACCUGUGUGUGUGUGUGUGUGUGUGUGUGUGUGUGAGAGAGAGAGAGAGAUCUCAGCACCAGGAUGAGCCUUACUCUUCAUGUCCACAGAGGGUCACCUCUGACACUGUCUCUCAUCAAACCUCUGUUUUUGUUUCCUCUGUGAUUUCUAGACAUGACAGUUGUGAUGUUUGAGGUAGUGACGUGUAAACAGCAUUGACUGAGGACACACAUCGACUGUCAUCCGUGUAUGUUAUGGUUAGAAUUCCUCUCACUGUUGUUAUUCAAGCGCAAACUAAGGUUGUCUACCCUGCAAACUCUCCCACACCAAAGAUGUGAUCUUCACAUCACAGCACACCGCAGUUGUCGGUCACUGCUGCCGCCAUCAUUAACUCCAGAUGUGUUCUUUUGUCUUCUCUGGCUUUGAUGUCCUUUGAUCAGGUUUACUCAAGUGACAAAAAUCCUCCUGUGUCCCUGUGAGAUAAAAGGGCUCCUUUCCUCUAUGGACUUUGGUGUGGAAGUUUGCAGUCACUACAUGGUUGUCUGAUGAUGAGAUAAAGUAGGAAACACAUUCUUAAGAUAUUAUUAACUUGUCUUGAUUCUAUUAGGUGAGUUCAAGUGUCACUGUCAAAUUCCCAUUGUCACUUUAGUCCCACAGACAGCUGCUGAAGGACAUGGAUGAUGCUGACCUGUCAUUUUCAUAUUCUUCAUUUAAAAAAACAAAAACGUGUUAUAAAUCAUAACUCUGUGUGUUAAAGAAAGUAAACUCAACUAAUAAAGUUCCUAUUUUUCACAA